CAAGUGGUCCCCCGCACAGGUGGAGGUCGGGAGUUCUGAGCCCCUGGAGGGCGGGUACCUGGAGGUCCCGAGCGCUCGCGAGGAGCCCACCGAGCCCAGGCCCGGCGUGGCGCGGUCGGAACGCACCAGGCAGCUCAGAAGCAAAAGAUAAACCCUUCUGGGCCCGGGGGCUGAUGGGCUGGGGCACGGAGUCAGCGCGGACUCGGAGCGCCUUUCGUUUUAAGAAGCCUUACUUCUGGGAAGGGACAGGGAACUGUCAAUCAACGAGGGAGGGAGCGCACCGGCGCUGGGUGAUGUCAGCGGAUCAGCUGCUCGAUAACAAAGAGGGGGUAUUACAGGAGAAAGUUGCAGCGGCGGCGGCGGCCACGGCGGCACCCCGAGCCUCGGAGGGUUCAGCCCCAGCGCUCGCUCAGCCGCCGGGAGCACCCGGAGGGACGGGAGGCAGCGGCGCGGCCCCGAGCUGGGCAGGGUCCCCAGCCGCCAUGGAUAGCGACGACGAGAUGGUGGAGGAGGCGGUGGAAGGGCACCUGGAUGACGACGGAUUGCCACAUGGCUUCUGCACGGUCACCUACUCCUCCACGGACAGAUUUGAAGGCAACUUCGUUCAUGGAGAAAAGAACGGCCGGGGCAAGUUCUUCUUCUUUGAUGGCAGCACCUUGGAGGGAUAUUAUGUGGACGAUGCCCUGCAGGGCCAGGGAGUUUACACGUAUGAGGACGGGGGCGUUCUCCAGGGCAUGUAUGUAGACGGCGAGCUGAAUGGACCAGCCCAGGAGUACGACACGGAUGGGAGACUGAUCUUCAAAGGGCAGUACAAAGAUAACAUUCGGCAUGGAGUGUGCUGGAUAUACUACCCAGAUGGAGGUAGCCUUGUAGGAGAAGUAAAUGAAGAUGGGGAGAUGACAGGAGAGAAGAUAGCCUAUGUGUACCCGGAUGAGAGGACUGCCCUGUAUGGAAAGUUCAUUGAUGGAGAGAUGAUAGAAGGGAAACUGGCUACUCUCAUGUCCAUGGAAGAAGGAAAGCCUCACUUUGAACUGAUGCCUGGAAGUGCAGUGUACCACUUUGAUAAGUCCACUUCAUCCUGCAUUUCUACCAGUGCUCUCCUUCCUGAUCCAUAUGAAUCAGAGAGGGUUUAUGUUGCUGAAUCCCUCAUUUCCAGUGCUGGAGAAGGACUGUUUUCCAAGGUAGCAGUGGGACCCAAUACUGUUAUGUCUUUUUAUAAUGGAGUCCGAAUUACACACCAAGAGGUUGACAGCAGGGACUGGGCUCUUAAUGGGAACACCCUCUCCCUCGAUGAAGAAACGGUCAUUGACGUGCCUGAGCCCUACAACCAUGUAUCCAAGUACUGUGCCUCCUUGGGACACAAGGCAAAUCACUCCUUCACUCCAAACUGCAUCUAUGACAUGUUUGUCCAUCCCCGUUUUGGACCCAUCAAAUGCAUCCGCACACUCCGCGCUGUGGAGGCCGAUGAGGAACUCACCGUUGCCUAUGGCUAUGACCACAGCCCCCCGGGGAAGAGCGGGCCGGAAGCCCCCGAGUGGUACCAGGUGGAGCUGAAGGCCUUCCAGGCCACCCAGCAGAAGUGAACAGCCUGGCUCUGGGCUUCAGAGACUUGGAAUAGAAACCUGGAUCUAUGCACUACGUUUCUCCGACAACGGGACAACCAGGGACUGCUCAUGCUGUGACAUCACAUCCUCUCACUCCGCGUUCGCAACGACUUUCUCGAAUACUAACUAGGUUUGACUCUAUUACUCAUACCAGUUUAAAAUUAGCUAGCCUCGCAACAACGCCCUACUGAGAGGUACUGUCGAGCACUUGACAGAAAACAGUGAUGUUCUUGGGUGGGUCAAGUCUAAAUCUGUACCACGUUCAGAGAUGCCAAAUGAUUAGACUGAAAAAGGGAAAGGGGUUUUUCAGUCAUUUUUAGUCAGUGGUUUUUCCAUGAGGUUUAUUUCUCUGGCCGAUGCAAACUGUGUUAUCACACUUGCAUACACGCCGUAUGGAGGGUAGAGAAUUACUACAUUUUUAUUCUCUAAAUGUAGUAUAAUUUGCCUUUUAACCUUUGAUCUGUAUCUUGCAAUAGAAUGGCUUCGUUUUUUGCCCUAGCGAACAGAACCCCACUUUUUGAGUCACUUUGCCCCCUAGUCCUCUUCUCUAUCCUAGAUGUCUUUUACAAGAGAACACUUCCAAAUGGAUUUCGUGUCCGUGCCAUGUGUAGGUCUUUCUGGCUCUUUCUAUAUCAUUGUUUCAUGAUUAUGUCCUAAUAUAAAGACCUGGCUCAUAGGGCCGGGCUCUUCUUAUAGAAUUAUUAUUCUCGCAUGUAAACAAAGAUAUCUUUGCUUUAAGAUGUGAGAAGAAAUGAAUUUACUUUGUUUGCAUUAAGUUAUGGAAGAGUUGUAAUAUAUACUUAAAGAAAGAAGAGAGGGAAAUUAGUAUUUCUAAGCAGUAACUGUGGCAAUUUUGCAAUAUCCUCAAUAGUGCUAGUAAUUUUUUUUCUCCUUGGGUACACAUUAAAUGUACAUAACAUAGAGCAGUCUGGCUUGCGGCACACAGUGCAUUGAAUUCAAAAAUAUAGCAAACUUGAAUUCUAACACAGAAUUCAAAUGUUCUUUUUUUUUAAUCGCUACUAUUAAGAGAGAUGUACUGAUCACUAGGUACAAAUCAAACCUUAACGCUAAAACUCUUCAUCAUUGUAAUUUCAAAGCACUUACCUGCUUCGAAGCCUUGUGAAUUAAGAAUAACACCUGUAUAGUUUAAACGCAAUGAUAUCAAUAGCAUUUCAGCCGUUUUGCUAGCCAUGUGUAAUCACAACUGCAGAAUUAAGGAGACAACCCCCAGUUUUUUAGUUUAGCUAGAUUAGGUACGUAGUGUAACUGGGAUUGCUCUGAAUGAAUUCUAAGAGUUGGGGUUUUGUAAGCACCCUCACCAUACACCAUCGCUAUGUUUUAGAUGAGGAGCUGGGAGGUCUGGAGGGCAAUGCUUGCUCCAGGCUGCAACUGUCAACUGGGACUCCUGUCCCUGAGUCAGUUUGGUCUUGAAGCUGACACAGGUGGACAGUAGGGAAGGCUUGCAGGGAGGAGGAGAAGAGAAGAGAAACAGGCAAGAGGAAGUUUGUUAUUUCAUGUUAGUUACAUGAUGCUCUUAGGAAGAACCUAACCAAAGUGCUUGAUCCAGGGCUGCUGACAACCUUCAGUUCUGGCAGCUCCUGGGCUUGGGAUUCAGCCCUCAAGGCAGGAACAGAAGUGGCCCUUUCCCUCUGGAAGGCCAGGCCUCCUGGAGCUCCCCCAGCAAUACUGCUUCGUGACGAUGGUUUCAGGGAAGUAAGCUGCUGGUUCCCUCGUGAGAAGUUCUGCGGGCUGCCAGAAAGGUCUUCCAUGAAGGGAACUGACUAGUUUUUAGAUCAAGAGGCAUCAGGAUAGGAUCGCUUCUAUUCUGUAGAAAGAGACCAUUCUGUAAACUGUGACAGACGGGCAGAGCCGUGGGACUUGUAUACUGAUAGGUGCUUUCAUUCAAACGCCUCCUAAAGUGAGUGACUGUUGUCUGGAGCAAGUUGGCUGGCUUUGAUUAAUCACAGUCUGCAGUCCAUUGCCUUGUGGAGCCAAGGCAGGGAAUGAGGUCAGGGGAGCGUCUGAGGUCACGCCUCUGAUGCUAGGACUUCAUGCCUGAGGACAGUGUCAUGCUCCUUGAGAGUGUCAUUUCUGUCCCAAGGCGCUACCCCAUUCACAUGGAAUGUUUUCUUUUCUUUUUGACAAAAGUGAUUGAAAAAUUGUAAAUAGUGAUUAACCAGCGGAUCCACUUUCCAAAUGAGAUAGCGAGUGGUAACACUUGGCAGUCUGUCUGUCCAUGACGUUUGGACCAGUCUGUCUGUGAUGCUCAGACCAGUCAGAGGCAGCAGGACCCAAAAGCUGAGCCUCUCUGUCCUCCAUCCUCACUCCCCAGUGCUUCCCCCACCCAGCCCUUGCCUCUCCUCCUUGUCUCUUGAAGUGCCCUGUUCAUACAGAACCACGUGCCACCCUUCUCCCCCACCCCCCCUCCAGACAGUCUCUCUUGCUCUGUGUGCGCCCUUGGCACCCUCUAUGUCUGUCCCUCCAUGAGUACCUCUUUCCAUCACUCUGCGUCCGUGUCUGGCUCUGCGGCUCCUACUGUCCCCCUGCCCCCUACACAUUCCUAAACCUAAGGCUUUGUUGCUGGGUGGAGUCGGAGGGGGCCUUGAGAUUCACUGUGUUCUGUAGGUCAGUGAAACUGUUGACGGGGUUGGGGUCCCGUAAGGAAUGAACUGAUGAGGAAAUAAGGGUUUGUUCCCUGUGGGAGCCAGAGUCUGAAGGGGAAACCCUGUCUUUUGCUAGUGAAUCUUGACAUCCGCUGUGGAAGGAACUGUGUCCGGUCCCAAGUAGUUUCAUCAGCCUCAUGACAGGAAUGUGGACGAUUCCAUGUGGUGGGGAUUAAAAGAAUAAGGUGACGCUCUGCUCCAGAGGGGCCAUGUACCUAGGAAGGUGCACGACACCCUGGUCACGAGGUGAUUCACUCAGAGCCAUCUCAGUUCAACUCCUGCAUGACUAGAUCUUUCCUUAGCAGCUUCUCUAUGACAAAAUAUUAUCUUGUGUUAGAGUUAGGAAUAGGAACUAACCUGUAGGAGUAUGUCCCCAAAUGGGCAUUUGGAUGGGACAAACAAAAAACAACCGUUAAGGACUGACUUUCCGACACAAAGGAACGUGAUUAAAAAGCAACAGGCAAGGAAGAUUUGAGUUUUGUGGAACCUAUUCUUAUUUUAACCUGCUUCCUCUCUGGUCUGCCUGAGAAACUGAGAAGGAAAUUUGUUGUUCAAGACCGCUUUGAACCUGAGGAAGUGAACGUAACUUGCCUUCUGGGGGUUCCUCAUACUUGAAAAGCAAUUUCCUUGUCACCCACAACCUCAAAAGGCCAAAGCAGAGGUAACCAUUGACCACAUUUAAUUGUAACGAGUCAAAUUGUAGUAACUGUGAACAGUGAGUUCAAGGCGCGUCUUCUCAGUGAGUCAGUAUGUGGUAUUGAGUAGCCUUCCUUUGAUAUAUGAAAUUUUAAAUCAUUCACUGCAAAAUGCAUUUAAGAUCUUCCAGGAAGGUAUCAUUUUCUGUUUUGCUUUGUUUGAAAACAGUUGCCUCAAGUUUCUGUCUUAAGAGUAGUGAUUUAGAAUCCAGACCUCUUUUGUUUUAGAAAAACAAGCAAAAACUACGUUGCAAGACUGGUAGCUGUAAUGUUUAUUUGCCGCAGAUCAAAGGUUCACAAAAAUAUCCUAAAUUUAUAUCUACUUGAGGUACCUUGAUAGAUUGUUUUUUUCUUCGGUCUUUCCCUUCAGGAAUUUGGAGCCUCGGUGUCAACUUUUCUUUGAAACAUACGAAAUUGUACAAGUUUUAUUUUGCCAGAUGUGUGCAGACAUAUUCAAAGCAAUGAAACUAUUUCAAGCCAUACAAACCACAGGGAUGGAAACCCUUUUCACAAAUUUUAAUGUGUUUGUAUGUAAAUAGACGUUUGUAUGAACUAUUUUCAUGGUAGAAUGAAUAUAUUUCAAUGAAGUUGAAUUAUUCCAGUGCUAUUUAAACAAAUGACAAAAAUUUUUGGUGAGAAUUAUCUGAGUCUAUUGAGAUACAAUGCAGAUCAAUUUUGAUUUUUACAAAAUCCAAAGCCUACAAAUAACUCUGACUCAUGGCAACUUCCCCGUGUCGUUGCACCUGACGUGGAGACAGCUCGUAGGCUUCCCCAGUGCCUCAGCCGCUUCCUGGUGGAAGUUAGGUGCUCGUGGAGGUGUGUCCACCUUUUAGAGACAUCGCUCCAGGCCCCUUUGGGGGCCUGAGAGUGAAUCAGAGGCAUUAGAGACACCGGUGCAGUUAUCCAGAGCACAAUUUCUUUGCAGGGCAGCAGAAUCAGAAGCCAGACAUGGCCGUGUGACCCUGGGAACUGGGUUUUCUGGCCGCCGUCUACCGCCACCCUUACUGCCUAGUCACACACGUCAGGGAGGCUGCCCUCUGUGGAGUUGGGGCUCACACCCCUGGGGUGGGACUUCACGGUUUUGCCAGUGGUCCCUGCCUCCUGGCCUCCACCUCACAGAGGAUGGAGGAGGGUGCUGCUGGCAAGGGGCCCAUUUCUCAGCACAGUACACUUCCUGUCUCAGCUCUGGGAGACUAUGCACCCAAGCACCCAACUUCCAACCAGAGAGAGACGUCCUCGGAUAACGAAGACCCUUGCUUCCUCUGUCUGUGACUUUACACACGUCGUUAGAAGUCGUUUUAGCAUCAAGACCAAUCCCAUCCCUAGGACAUACCUCCCAACUCCCCUGAUUCUUAUUAGAACGCUCCUUUAUAAUGAUAUUCAAUUUGAGUGGGUUCCCCCCCCUUUGUUCCUGGAUGUAAUGAAAUGAUAAAUAUGAUGACAGAUUUUCACUGUGUAUACUAGCAAUAUGUACACACAUGCCAGUGUAUCUUAACACACAACUUGGUUACAUUUUGGAUUAUUGUCAUUAAUCUCGAUUCAUGUAAUUGGGAAACUCCAGGGACCUCGUAAUGUCUGCUUAUCAUAGAAGAAAGUUGGGUUCAUGGUUCUGAGCUCCCUACUUCAAAAGUUUUUCCUCCUGGGUUUUCUGUGUUCUCUUUUUAUUCUGAAAUGUGUAAAUUAGGUUGUGAGGUAUGUUUAAGGAUUGGAAGCUAGGGGAAUGCUUUAGGCAUUUCUUGCAACCAAAAGUUAACCUCAUCACAGUUAACGAGCAUCUUUGAUUGGUCUUUUGUGGAAUCUGAACUAAAUCUAUGAGCCUUAUUCAAUAUCUAUAAUUCUAUGAUUUUUUUUAAAUUAUGGGAAAUUAAUGAAAGAUGUUUACAUGAAUAACGUUUGCCCUUACUGUGUUAUGAAUGAGUUUUUUGUAGUGUGUCUGGGUGCAUGUGCAAGAGAGUAGGAAAAAUGUUUCUGAAACAAAACUUGACAAAUAUUUGUAAUGAAAAGUAAAUUUAAAGAUUGCUAUAAUUGCGCUAUAGAAACAAUGCAAGUAUUAAACAAAAUAUACAAUCA